AUGACUUACGGAGGCUGGAAGCCAGGUAAAUCUGACACUCCAAACCCAUGGGCCUGGAACGGGGGCUUCCCCAACAGCGGAAGCCACAAUAACUUCUCUUGGAACAACAACACCGGAAACACCACCUCGACGAACUGUGGCAACACGACAUCAGAGAAUUGCGGUAAUACGACCACCAACUACGACAACAGUAGGAACAUGACCACACGAGCCGAUACCGCAACCGCCUACCACUACAUGAAUAGUAAUAACAGGAACAUUCGGACGGGUAACAUCUCGGCUAAUGGAGGAAAUGCGAGUAAGGGGGGUGAUACAGGAGGCAGAUCUGGUUCUGGUCAUUCAUCAUCUAACACGUCGGAUAACGUUGUGGGUGGUAGUGGUGGGCAUAUUUCUUUCGGCUGA